AUGUUCCAAUUAUAUGGCCCGCAAAGACUACAGAUGCUGGAAAAAUAUUUGAGAAAGAGCCUACCUGAGUCCUUAAAGGUUUAUGGGACUGUCUUUCACAUGAAUCAGAGAAACUCGUUCAACCUUAAAGCUUUUGUGGACAAGUGGCCUGAUUUUAAUACAGUGGUUAUCAGCCCUCCAAAACAGGAGAUGAUAGAUGAUUUUGAUCACUACACUAAUACAUACCAGAUCUAUUCUAAGGAUCCAAAACACUGCCAAAAAAUCCUUGAAACAUCAGAUAUCAUCAAUUGGAAACAACAUCUGCAGAUCCAAAGUACACAGUCCAGCUUGAACGAGGCGAUACAGAACCUUGCAACUACUAAACUGAUUAAGAUCACACAUCAACAACGCAUUCUCUUUAUGUUUCCUCAAACAGUAAAGAACUUGCUGCCUUCCCUGUUGGAAGCAAAUAACAUACCUCUUAAAUUUGGUACUCCUGAGACCCUUAAUGAAAAGAUGUUUAAGCUCUCAACCCUGGAUGUUACUCAUGCUGCCUUGGUGAAUAAGUUUUGGGAUUUUGGAGGCAAUGAGAGGAGCCAAAAAUUCAUUGAGUGCUGUAUCCAAAACAUGUUCACUAUCUGCCUGCUGGGGCCAGAGGGGACCCCCGUAUCCUGGUCUGUGAUGGACCAGACUGGAGAGUUACGAAUGGCAAACACUUUGCCUGAGUACCGAAACCAGGGUCUCAUUUCUAAUAUCAUAUAUGCCACUGCCCAGACUCUGGACAAGCUUGGCUUCCCUUUAUAUAAUCACACAGACAGAUCCAACAAAAUCAUACAGAAAGUUUCUUGCAAUUUUCACUUCAUGACAUUGCCCUGUGGCUGGAGUCAAUGGAAUUCUGUGCCCCUAUGAAGUCCCUGAUCGGUAGGCAGUGUUGAAUGUGUUGAUCAUGAGACAGAAAAAAAGGAUGGGUAUUAAAGAAAAAGAAUAAAUCAGACACUUUAGUAAAGUAGUAUUGUUGUUUGGACUUCAUGGAAAUAAUUGAAUAGACAACAGAAUCCAAGACAAUCUCCACUCACAGAGCAUUCAGAAUCCUUCAGUAGAUUUGACAAGGGCAGGAUUUCCUGUGGCGAAUUCUGGUCUCAUUCAAUUUCCUACAGUUUGGGAU